GGGCGCACGUGGGCCCAUGGGGAGUUCUGUGGGGCUGGCUCUGUGUGGCCAGACGCUGGUAGUGAGGGGCGGCAGCCGGUUCCUGGCCACGUCUACUGCGAGCAGUGAGGAUGACAGCCUCUUCACAUAUGAUUGCAGAACUGCAGAAAAGAAGUCACAAGAAAACAAAGGGGAGCAUGGACAGCCCAUGGAUAAGGGGAGUGACACGAUUCUGGCAUCCGCCUUCUCCAAGUCUGGCAGCUAUUUUGCCUUAACGGAUGACAGUAAGCGUCUGAUUCUUUUCCGUACAAAACCGUGGCAAUGUCUGAGUGUCAGGCCCGUGUUGAGGAGGUGCACGGCCCUGACAUUCACAGCCUCUGAGGACAAGGUUUUGGUGGCUGACAAGUCGGGGGAUGUUUAUUCCUUUUCGGUGCUGGAGCCACACGGAUGCGGCCGGCUGGAACUUGGGCACCUGUCGAUGUUGUUAGAUGUGGCUGUGAGUCCCGAUGACCGCUACAUCCUCACUGCUGACAGGGAUGAGAAGAUCCGGGUCAGCUGGGCCGCGGCACCGCACAGCAUCGAGUCCUUCUGCCUGGGGCACACCGAGUUCGUGAGCCGCAUCCUGGUGGUGCCUGACCACGCCGAGCUGCUCCUUUCCUCCUCCGGGGACCGCACCCUCAGGCUCUGGGAGUUCCCACAUGGCCGGGAGUUGCACUGCUGUCACCUGACCAGCCUGCAGGGGCCUGUGGAGCCGUGGGGCAACCAGAGGUUUGCUGCGUCCAGGAUCGCUUACUGGAGCCAGGAGAACUGCGUGGCACUUCUGUGUGACUGUGUUCCUGUGGUCUGCAUCUUCCGGCUUGAUGCCCCCACACGGCAGCUGGUGUACACACAGCAGCUGUCUUUCCAGCACAGAGUGUGGGACGUUGCUUUCGAGGAAGGCCAGGGGCUAUGGGUCCUGCAAGACUGCCGAGAAGCCCCCUUGGUGCUCUGCAGACCUGUGGACGGCCAGUGGCAGUGUGUCGGGGAAAGCUCUGCUGUGAAGAGAGUCUCCACCGAGCUCCGUGGGCACUGGGCCAUGCUGGAGGGUGAGAGCGCGAGCGUGGCUGGCUUUCCUGGAGGGUGUCCAAGCUGGCUGUGGACAGGAGCAGGGCACGGAAUGUCAUCCACAUUCGGGAGGCGUUUUGCUGUGCUGGCACAGACGAUGGCUUCAGUGGUCUGUACAAGGCCAGCUUUGACAACAUGACCCCCUACCUGCAGAGGAAGGAGCAGCGGCUGACGCAGCAGCGCCGGAAGAGCCCACCGCCCGGGCCCAACACACGGACCAAGAGGGUGAAGAAGGAGGGGGCGCCCUUGAGGGGCUCGUCCUAGUGCGGUGGUGGCUCUCCCAGCCCGCUCGUCCCUGGCUCCCCCUGUUAGGUCCCCACCAGCCCAGCGGCCAGCCAGGUGGCCAGAUUAUGUUGGUAUCUUGGGCUCUGGAACUUCCUGUCACCGGGCAGAGCCUGUCCUGCCUGGCGUCUGAGCACCCUUGCUGAGGGACACUGGGCAGCGCUGACUAGAGCUGCUCAGGUGUGUAGCUCGGUGCCCGAAGGCCUCAUCUUUGUACUUCAGGCAGUGCUGUGCCAGCUGUGGGUUAUGUAGGUACUGCUCCGCUGGGCCACCCGUGCCAGCUGCAUCUUCCUUGAGGGGAAACCUAUGAAAAGACGUUAUCACAGCAGCAAGAACAUUUGUUAUUUUGUCUGUCAUCCCCUGGAUGGUACACCGUGCUCUCCAACAUGGUGGCCACUCACCACGUGGGCUAUGGAAACCUAAGUGGAACGCUAGGCAUCCCUAAUUGAAGAGCAGAGUUGCUGCCCUGAGCUCCAUCCCUGCGUGGCAGAUGGCGCCCGUUGGAAGCGCAGCGGCAGCAGAGUGCUCGGUUGGACGGCGCUGGCCGAGCAGUGGACUUGUUCAGGGUGCUUGGGAACGUAGGAGCCUGGGCCUUCCUCACAGAAAUGACUGAAGACAUUGUGUACAUGUAUUAUUUUGAUUUGAACUCCUUGCACAUGCUGCAGAGUGUAGGGGUGCCAGAUGAAUUCUAAUCACUGAUCAAUAAAGAACUUCGGCAGCUUCUGGAAAUGUUCAGCAACAUGUGGAGCUAACUACAAAAUAUAUUGAGCAAAACCGUU